GUCAAAUCGAAGUUAUUGAGCGAGAACCACCUAUAGCAUAAUUACGAGGGCACAAUGACGUGCUACUGAGGCUUGCUGGAAUGGUCGGUGAAUAUAUGAGCUUGACUGCGAGAACAAUCAAACUGAUGAAUUGCAAAUUUCAUACAUAUUAACGAUCUUCCGCAGCUAUUGUUCACCUAUACAAUGAACAAUCGCAGUCGAAUUGAGACGACCCAUCAUUAGGAUACGGUCGCUUGAACAAAGUCUGAGACACGGAAUCGAAAUAUCUAGAGUUUUCUAUGAUGGGGGAGCAUAGAUCUAUUGACGAGUCUAUCAACAAAGGCUUGGUGGAUAAUCCAGGAGAACCCAGUACCAACACCGAGGAUACCAUCGUCUUGGAAAAUCUUGGCUACAAACCUGUUCUCCAUCGAUCCUUCAGUUUAUUCCAUAACUUUUCAACCUCAUUCGCCGCUCUCUACUUCGUCGGUGGUGUUCGGGUUACCUUUUCGACAGGUAUAGCUGCUGGCGGUAAUCUAGCCUACUGGACAAGUUUCAUCAUAAGCUGCGUGUUCACUUUCAUCACCGCGGCUGUGAUCGCAGAGAUAUGCUCAUCGUUACCACUCGCCGGAUCCAUUUAUUUGUGGGCGGCUGAGGCUGGCGGUCCUCGCUUUGGUCGACUAUUUGGCUUUGUUGUCGCGUGGUGGAGCACGACAGCUUGGACAACGUUCUGCGCGAGUAAUACUCAGGGUGCUGUCAACUAUUUGCUAUCUGAAAUCGUCGUGUUCAACAUAGACUUCCCGUCAGAUAGUUCUGAUGUCAAGUUUCGCGCGCUCCAAUGGAUCACAACCGAGAUCAUGUUAGCAUUAGCCGCAAUAUGGAAUCUACUACCCCCUCGUUAUUUCAAAUGGAUAUUUUAUUUAUCGACUUCAUUCGUUGUCCUCGACUUCCUAUUGAACAUCAUUUGGCUACCUAUCGCAACGGCCCGGACAAUCGGAUUCAGAUCUCCUCAUGACGCUUUCAUGACUACCUAUAACGGCACCGGUGCACCGGAUGCGUGGAAUUGGUGUCUCUCAUUCUUAGCCACGGCAGGCAUAUUAAUCGGUUUUGAUGCGUCGGGCCACGUAGCUGAAGAGACGAAAAAUGCAGCAGUCACAGCUGCUCGGGGCAUAUUUUGGAGCACGAUUCUCAGUGGUAUUGGCGGCUUCGUUGUUGUUAUUCUUUUUCUCUUUUGUGUGCCUGACGCCGAUACAUUCUUCUCCUUUGGUGGACCGCAGCCAUUCGUUCCAUUGUACGCCGUUAUCCUUGGAGAUGGCGGACACAUCUUCAUGAACAUCAUCUGUAUCGUUGCCCUUUGGUUCAAUACUGCAAUUGCAGUAUUAGCUGCAUCUCGAUUAGUAUUUGCUGUUGCUCGCGAUGGUGUCUUGCCCUUUUCUGGCUGGGUAUCUAAAGUUGUCGAUGGGCAACCCCGAAACGCAGUUCUUGUGGUCUGGGGCGUAUCCGCCAUCAUAACUUGUACCAUAUUACCCUCAGCUGUAGCAUUCACUUCGUUAGUAUCCGCCGCUGGAGUACCAUCAGCAGCUGCAUACGGUCUCAUUUGUCUCGGACGUCUCUUCUGCACACCCAACACCUUUCCAAAACCGGCUUGGAGUCUAGGCAGACUCAGUAAACCUUUUCAGGCGAUUGCAGUGCUCUGGAAUGCGUGGGUUGUUGCGAUACUGUACUCACCGUAUAUUUGGCCUGUAGAAGCAGAUACGCUCAACUAUGCACCUGUGAUCAUGGCUGCGACAACUAUCUUGGCGUUGAUUUCAUGGUGGGUUACUCCGACUGAGCGAUGGCUCCCAAAUCAGCGUAUUCAAGAGACGCUGGAAGCGCGUGGUGCAGGAGAUCUAGUGGAAGAAGCCCAUUGAAUGAAAAUGCAUUCGAAUCAAUUCGUGCUUACCAAAAAUGUAGCUCUAUUUGGCUCAUGUAACAACCUCAAGCACAGAAGAACCUUGCACAUUCCUUUCUAAUUUCUUCUAUGAUCAAUCUAUCAAUAUUUUUAAUGGCACAGCUCAAGUAUCUUAUCUGAAUUAGACUUCAACAGCUGCUUUACUAGAAAUUCCACUAGUAUUAUGGCCAACAUUCUUUUUCGCCCCCUCUCUCAAGCGACGGCAAUACUUCCGGUUUCUGCAACUGGCACAAUUACUUCAUUCCCAUCCCAUCAUCAACAUCAUCCGCCGAAGUUUUUUUAUUUCUAUCCGCGAGACUAAACUCCGUAUCUAACUCAAUUCUUAGAGUGAUGUCCUUCUCCAAACCCACAGCCAAAAAAGUGAUCCCAGCAAAAACAACCCCAAUCAAUCAACCAAACGCGCCUGAGUGCGCCAGUAUAGACAUCUAUCACAAUCUCCCUAGUAUCUGCAGAGAACGAUUUGUCAAAGAGCACAAUAAAUGGAUCUGUGAAUUUUUCAAUUUCCGAAGUAAGAAAAGAGAUAUUAGCGACCUCGUGAUGAAUCGAUACAAGUGCAUGUAGCCA